AUGGGAUGGGGAGAGUCUAUCUACACAUAUAUAUUGCAUCCCGGAACUAGCCAAACUACAAGACCCAACUGUGCAAGAAUUGGGGACGGCUGGGAAGUGGGCACUGCCGAUAUGGCCCAAGAUGCCAAUUCAUCCACCCAGAGGACCAUGGGUAUCUGGAACAGUACCCAGAUACCUGGAACUUUGCCAGGGAGCAGGAGGCACAUAGUCAAUAUGUGCAGGCGCUACAUGCUCAAAAAACCUUCAACCCAUUCUACGAGCACCAGAUCGACAGGAAGGUCCGGGAAUGGAACGCCGUCCAUCCAAAAGGACUCAACUACUACGACUUCCAUGGCCUCACCACAAAAUUGGCCGAUUUCUACAUUAUUGACAUAUAUGAAAUCCGCAAAAAUCCAAAAGUCCUGGAUUGAAACUGGCCGCGGGAACCAUUCCAAAGCCAAUUUCGCCGCUAUUCGGUCCAAUUUUUUGACCAUCCCCCCAGACGUCUCUUUUGUUCCCGUUGCCGGUAAUGAUGGUAUCCUGUGUCUUACUGUACUUUGA